CAUGGCUGGGCUGUCCGGCCCCUGGUUUUUGCUGCUGACUUAUAUUAAUAUUGGCACGCGUCGUCUCCUUCCUUCGCCCUCUGUUCCUCCUUAUCCGGCUUAGCCUCCUUCCUCACCUGCACCCUGUGUUCUUCGUCUGGCCCGUCGUCGGUGAGGCGGCGGCGGCGGCGGUCUUGUUCUUCUUCUUGGCUGGCUGCGAAGGUUUCUUGAGGUUUCGGUUUUGGUUCUUGUCGUGUGCGACGUCAGUUCUUGGGAGGUUCGUUCUCCGGUGAGGUACUGCUGCUGCUUGGGGCCGGCGAGUUUGGGGAGCUGUCGAUGAAGGUGGCGGUGGAUCAGGUGAGCAGCGGAGCGGUGGAGGCCAACAGGCGGAGGGAGGCGAAGGGGAGGAGGAGGUCGGGCGGCGGCGGCGGAGGUGGUGGUGGCGGCGCCGUGGUGCGGCGCACGAGGAGGCGCGUGCUGCUGCGGACGCCGGAGCCGGAGCCCCUGCUCCAGCGGCUGUUCGAGGGGUGCCAGCACGUGUUCCGGGGCCCCGGCACGGUGCCGGAGCCAGCCGACGUCGUCCUCAUCCGCGGCAUCCUCGACAAGAUAGGCCCCGGAGACGUGAACCUGAGCGCCGAGCAGAACUUCUUCAAGGCCACCGACGCCGCCGCGCUCCAGCGCCCCCUCACCAUCACCCGGACCACCAUCUACACGUGCACAAACUUCUCGAUAGUGAUAUUCUUCCUGCCCCCGACGGCGGUCAUCCCGCUGCACAACCACCCGGGGAUGACGGUGUUCAGCAAGCUGCUCCUCGGCUCGCUGCACAUCAAGUCCUACGACUGGGCCGAGCCCGCUGUCUUCUCCGGCGCCGGCGGCGGCGCCGGCUCCUCCUCGUCUCCCGACGAUCGCCUGAGGCUGGCGGAGGUGGUGCGCGACGGCGGGUUCAGCGCGCCGAGCGACACGCUGGUGCUGUACCCGGCGGCCGGCGGGAACAUGCACCGGUUCACCGCCGCGACGCCGUGCGCGCUCCUCGACGUGCUCGGCCCGCCCUACUCCAAGGACCGGGACUGCACCUACUACCAGGACUUCCCCUACUCCCACUGCCCAAGUGACGAGCUGCAUCAGCAUCGCCAUGGCGGCUGCUGCAUGGACCACGACGAGCGGCGGCUGGGGUGGCUGAAGGAGACGGCCAUGCCUGAGGAUCUGGAGAUGUACGAGAUGCCUUACAGAGGCCCGCCCAUCCUGUAGCACGUACUCCACCACACAGGAUGUAAUCAACACACGGAGAGGCACUAAUUACAACUGCAUUGCAUCAAGCAAAAUUAAGCGCAGCGCGGUUCGCCUCCUCAAGUCUUGAUCUCGAAUCAGCGUAGAUUAAUUUCUCUGUAGCGAAAAAAAAAAACUAGCCUGUCCCCGGUCGAUCUGUCACUGUGUUCAGGUUUACGCGAGCGAGCGCGUUGUGAAGUACAUAUUGACAGCUAGGCGUGUGUGUGUGUGUCAGUGUGUGCGCGUGCAGAAUGUCUCCAUCGUGUGCUUCCCUUUUUUGAUGGUUAAUAGAAAGAUCACCAGUGAUGAUUGAUAGAAUGGUAGAUUA